AUGGUCGUCAUGGCAGCUGCUGUUUUCCUGUCGGCGGCUCUAUCAAUUCUUCUUGCUAUCGGGAUGGCAGUUUUGGCGACGGCAGAAGUUGAUAUUCAGCGACGAGAUGCGGAUCCCGCCGAUGGGUUCAAACGAGUUGAGCUGACGGAACGGAACUUUAAGCUGCAGAAGCCUUACGACGUGCCGUUGGAGAAGCGGUACAGCUUCAAGAAUGGAGUGCAUCGGUUGUGGGUCUACGACGACGACAAGCCUUUCAAACCCCACAGCACUACCUUGCCUCGGACCGAAAUCAGAAUCAAGGGCCUGGAUUACUCAUCAGGAGUGUGGCAAUUCGAAGGCUACGCGUUCGUGCCGAAAGGAUCGCACGGAGUGACGAUAUUCCAAAUCCACGGCGGAAGAACAAUAAGCACCCUCACUCUGCAGCUCAGGGUGAUCGGCAACGACCUCUGGUACUUCUGGAAGAAGCCCAUUGUUCCCAACAUCGUGGACAGGUGGUUCAAGCUGAACGUGAUCCACGACAUAGAGAAAGGGAAGCUGUCGGUGAUCGUUGACGGCGACCUGAAGAUCGUCGGGAAAGACGGCGGGAAAGGGGCUUGUUACUUCAAGUGUGGGGUGUAUUCCUGCCGGAAGAAAGCUAGCCAUUACAUGGAAGCACGGUGGAAGAACAUCAAAAUUUACAAGAAGUAA